AUGGGUGGCGGUAACGGAGCCAAGGCUGCGCAGAAGCGAGAGCGCGCCGCAAAGGAGAAGGGCGGUGUCGCCAAAUCGCAGCUCAAGACUAACGCUGCCGCCAUGAACAUCCAGUGCGACAUCUGCAAGUCUGUCUUCCUGUCUACUUCCCGAGAGAAGGCUCUGACCACUCUCGAAAUCCCUAGCCUUACCGAGCAUGCCACGAACAAGCACAGCAAAGCCCUUGCCGACUGCUUCCCCAACUUCAAGCCCUGA